AUGCCCCCCGCCAUGUGGGAGGUGCGCUCCCCCUCCUUCUGGAGGGCCGUCUUCGCCGAGUUCUUCGCCACCAUGAUCUACGUCUUCUUCGGGCUGGGGGCCUCGCUGCGCUGGGGGGUCGGGCCCCUCAACGUGCUGCAGGUGGCCCUGGCCUUCGGCCUGGCCGCGGCCACUCUGGUGCAGGUGCUGGGCCACGUCAGCGGGGCCCACAUCAACCCGGCCGUCACCUUCGCCUUCCUGGUGGGCGCCCAGCUCUCCCUGCUCCGCGCCACCUUCUACAUGGUGGCCCAGGUGCUGGGCGGGGUGGCCGGGGCGGCCGUGCUGUAUGGGCUGACGCCGGCCGCCAUCCGCGGCAACCUGGCACUCAACACGAUCCACCCCGGCGUGACCCUGGCCCAGGCCACCACUGUGGAGAUCUUCCUGACGCUGCAGUUCGUCCUCUGCUUCUUCGCCACAUACGACGAGCGGCACAACGGGCGUGUGGGCUCGGUGGCGUUGGCCAUCGGCUUGUCCCUCGCCCUGGGACACCUCUUCGGGAUGUACUACACAGGAGCCGGCAUGAACCCUGCGCGGUCCUUCGCCCCCGCCGCCAUCACCCGCAACUUCUCCAACCACUGGGUGUACUGGGUCGGGCCCAUCCUAGGGGCCACCCUGGCCGGCCUCCUCUACGACUUUGUCCUCUGCCCCCGCAUGCGGGGCCUGGCCGAGCGGCUGGCCAUCCUGAAAGGCGAGCAGGUGGCGGAAGGGCAGGCCCCCCCGGAGCCCCCCGAGGAGCCCAUGGAGCUGAAAACGCAGGCGCUAUAAAGAGGA